AUGGCCAACGGCAUCUUUUUUGUUUCUUGGGAGUUGUGGCAGCAGAUGACUUUUAUCCUAGCUAUGGGAAUAGUGGCUGUAUUUUGUGCAGGGCUGAUGAAACUCUGGUGGAAUAACCGUCUGGUGAAAAAACAAGAGCUGUUGGACGAAGAGAAGAGGCUGCGGGUGGAGGAGAUGCGCAGGUCAGGUCUUGGCAUGAAGCGAACGAACGAUAUCCCCUUCGGAGUUCGAGCUAUACAGGGUGGCGUGGAGGUUGAUGGGAUAUGGAUCUCAAGACCUGCAUCCCAGGACGACCCAGCUACUGCGAAGCUUGUAUCCUCCAAUUCGACGGCAAGUAGCCAAUCUUCUGCCUUACCACCGGUCUCCCAAGUCUCUUUGGAGAGCCAACGACCGCUUUUUCGAACAAUGGGCGGCUUGAAUGAGGAUACACUUCGAAGUUUGGAGGGGCAUGGAUCGAGACAGCCUCACGAUAUCUACGUCCCCACUUCGAGUCAACAAAUACCCCGUUAUCCUAGUCAGCAAAGCUCAGCGUCGUCGCUGGGAGAGUCUGCCUCGGCAAGAAGCGGGAGUGGGAAGGGCAACUCAUCGGCACUCAAUUCGAGGGUCUAUGCGCCAAAACCACUUCGUGAAGGACAGUAUCAGUACCAUCAGGUGGAUAGUGCGCGGAAUGGGCAGGACUCACCCCCAGAUCCUUUUCAAACCCCGGCCCGUACACCCAGUGGAUUCUCAGUUCGACUACCCAGUAGAACACAGACUCCCCUGUUACCAGUGAGCAGCAUACCAGCCCCCGAGCCGACCUUUGGGCCCGGCGACUUGCACUUGAACCGUUCUUCUCGGAGGGUGAACGGGGGAUUCGAGAUUCUACCAGCUGGAACUUUUGGAGGCCCAAGGAAGCUUGACCACUCCGUGAACCCAGUUCCGGGCAGAACUGCGUCCCAGUCUCCCAAUAAGCCGAGGACAUAG